UUGACUGCAAGACCAUAUCGCAACGACACUACCUGCUUCCUCACAUUCGUGGCCAGGACACCGCACAGAAUGGUCGGAAUCUACGUGCUCCUAUCAUGUCUUCUGGUGGUCUCAACGGAACAUACCGGCGCGUACUCCUCCCCGCAGUACGCGAAGAAGAUGUAUCCAAAACAACCUUACGACACCAACGCGCUACUACCAAACGAAACUCCACCGGUUGCAUUCAAAAGUGACCAGGAUUUGGCGAGAUAUGAGAACGGGAAUGGUACAUACGCGAGGUCGUCGUUCAUGGAGUCAGCGGGUAACUUCUUGAGCGGCGCUGGUGGUCAAAUGAUGGCUGGUCUGGCGAAGGAUUUUAUCGCGAGGUCCACAGGAAGCAGUCAGGUUGGUUUUGACUGCGUGUCGCAGGUGUUAAGUUUAAACUUAACCAACUUAGUGAUCCUGAUAGUGCUUAAAGCUCUUAUUCUGGCGGCUGGUUUCUUCGGUGCAGGUGCGUGGAAGGGUGGUCACCACUAUGGAAGGAGUCUCGAUGAUAACAUAAACGCUACAUACAUUACUGAAGAUGAAAUCCUACUGUACCUGAGCUACUUAACAGGCCAACAAAACAAGGACUACAGCUGUCUGUACAAACUGUCUUGUGAGAAACCCGACCAAGCGGCCAUGUACUCAUCUGGUGCUGAGUUGUUACUGCAAGGAGUGAAGAUGAUACAAGGUAACAGCAUCGAAUUAGGACAAUAUGAAGACAUCUCGAAAGGUAUCAAAGAGGCGACAGAAUGGGGCGAGAGGGGCAUGUCAUGCAGCACGCGUUAUCAUUGUGGCGAAUAACGACACUGCCAGUCACCCAAAAAUUAAAAAAAAUUGAAGUUGAUCAUAUCGACGCUUCAAUAAUAUUUCAAAUUCAUUGUGAAGUU